AAACACAGUUUACACACCAGAGAGCGGAAGAGGUCGCAACGGGAGCGAGAGUCGUUCUCAAGUGAUGUCUUUAAAUAGUGCGUCGCUCGGGGCGGCGCUCGCGGCUCGCAGUCGAGGUGUGCAGGUGGCGGCAGGUGUCCCGCGCCGCUGCACCGCGAACGCGCUCCUCCUGCGCUGCUCUCGUAGCGAAAUAUUUACGCUUACACGCUCUAUAAAAUUUGAAACUGCGAAAAUUGAAAUAAAUGUGAAGUCACCUAUUUAUUGAAUACUAAGUUACAAUAAGUCAUUUUACUAAAGGUAUUUUGUGAAGUCAGUUAAUUGCAUAACUUGUGUUCUGUUUAGUGUUUUAUGUUUUGAAGCGAGCCAUGGCUUCCGAGGCCGGGGUGCCUGUGGAGCUGUACAUCUACGACCUCACCAACGGCAUGGCGUCUUUGCUCUCCCCUGCUAUUAUUGGCCGCCAGAUAGAGGGCGUGUGGCACACAUCGAUCGUGGUAUACGAGCGGGAAUUCUUCUACGGCGGCAGCGGAGUCACCAGUUGCGCUCCUGGCGGCACGCAGCUUGGCCCGCCGCACCAGACGGAGCGGCUGGGCGAGACCUUCGUGCCCUUCCAGGUGUUCGUGGACUACAUCCAGGGGCUCGCCACGACCUCCUACACGCCGUCCGCCUACCGGCUGCUGGAGCACAACUGCAACCACUUCAGCGAGGAGGUGGCGCAGUUCCUGUGCGGCGCGCACGUGCCCAAGCACAUCGUCAACCAGCAGGAGCACCUGCUGUCGCCGCCGCAGCGCCUCGCCGUGCAGGCGCUGCUCGACAACCUCGUGCCGCACUCCACGCAGUCAGUGUACGCGAACGGCGUGCGCCACAGUCGCCAGGACAGCCCUGAGUACCUGACGCUCAACAACCAGAUAGAGGAGGCGAGAGUACAGUCGGCUGAGCUGGAGCAGCGGCGCAGCACGCUGGCGGAGAAGCUCGCGCGCAAGGAGCGCAAGAAGGAGAAGAAACGCAAGAAGCAGCACGCGGCCGGCGACCACGACCCGGACGGCGCAGACAUGGCCGAAGCGGUGGAGGCGCUGCCGCGCGAGGAGGAGGUGUCGCGCGCCGGGCCGUCGUCGGCCGCCGUGGCCGCCGCCGCCGAGCUGCUGGCCGAGCCGCGCGCCAAGCCCCGCGACCCGCCCAUCGUCUUCAACGACGUCGACGGCCCGCGCGAGUACGAGCGGCUGGCGCGCGCGCUGGAGGGCGCGGCGCUGGGCGCGGACGAGCGCGCCAGCCUGGACGAGCUGCAGCAGUACCUCGUGCUGGGCGAGGGCAGCUGGGUGCUCGGCGACGAGUUCCUCGCCUUCGUCGGGCGACUCUUGAACGACGAAACGCUGAGCGAGGAGGUGCGCGUGGCGACGCUGUCGUGCCUGGCGGCGUGCGCGCUGCGGGACGACGUGUCGCUGCUGCUGCACCAGGACCGGCGCCACCACGCGCUGCUGUCCUACGCGCACUCCAUCGACGCGCGCCCGCUGCCCGAGCAGCGCGCGCUCGCACGCCUGAUGUGCAACUUGUUUGAGAACAUCUCGUCGUCCGAGUGGCUGCUCUACAUCAGCGAAUGGGAUUCCAACGGAGUACCGCUCUCGAACAUUCGCGCCACCACCAAGGUGUGCGUGCACAGCUGCCUGAGCGAGGACGCCGAGCUACGCGACGUGGGCACGGCGCUCAUGUACAACGUGGCCACCAAGGAGGUAAAGACCGUGGUGUUCGACGAGGUGUGCGUGGAGCUGGCGAUGGCGCUGCUGCAGCUGCUGCAGUGCGCGCCGGCCGAGGAGCACCUGUACCGCGCGUGCGCCGCGCUGGCGCGCCUGGCCGCGCACUCCUCCGAGGUGCCGCAGCUCGUCGCCAUCGUCGGGCCCGACCCCGCCGCCUACAGAGGAACGAGCCCGCGCAUCGACGAGCAGAUAGACCUGAUCAUGAAGCGCGUCAAGUAGAGCGCGGAAUUUCGCCGCCAUCGCUCGCCGCACGCUAGGCCGCUAGCUUCCACCGCGUUGCAGCGCCACCUUUGUAGCUUCUCCAAGGACUACACACAUCCAUUUGACCUCCAUAGAUAACUCAAAUUCGAAAGCAAAGAGAAGCACAAGCAGAAGAUGUUUAAAUCCGUUUGCAUUUGUGGCUAAGAAGCCAAGCAGCGCCCGGCGCCGGCGGGCGGCGUGCGGCGCUCGCUCGGAGACUAAUAGAUUGAUAAGUACCUAACAUUAAGUUUUACGACUUGAUACGCUGCAAUCCAGUUAAUUGAUACACUUAAUGAAAUAAUGAUUAAUGUGAACAUAAAUUAUUGAGUCUUUACUAGGUAUGACUAGAAAGUUUUGAGCGAAGUACGAGUAUUACCUAGAUGUUUGACUUAUUUUACAAACUGACACAAUCUUAAUUUCAAAGAUAUUUUGACAUAGACAAAUUAACUUUGUUUUUCUUUUAUUAUAUUGAAGUAGGUACAUUUUAGUACGAAAAACAUCAAAUCAUGAAGUUGAAAUUAUACAAAUUUGAACAUUUAUAAAUGCUAAUAGCACAUUUGUACCCAAUAGAUUAAGAGGCGCUUUCCGCAAAGCAUAAAUUAAUUGCUUAAGUAUGAACGGUAGCGUAUUUUCGUCUUUACCGAGUUUUUUGCAAGUCCUUCGAUACCUAAUUAAUCUUUGUCAGUGAUUAGGUUUGACUUCAAGGAUAAUUAAUUACGUCAGUCGACUGAAUUUUAAAUAUUUCUAGGUAAUGAAAUUUUAGUGAAACUUCCUAUAGAUCUUUUCAAUAAAGAUGGUUACCUAAUGACUGUAUAACUGUAUUGCAGUGUGGCCAAAGAUUAAUAUUAUCAAAUAUGUAUUACAUUAAAAUGACAGCUUGGAAAUCAGACUCGCACGCGUCCGCUGCAGUAGCGCGGCGUACUCGUGAUGUGUCCGUGUUUUUUUAUCAUAAAGAAAACAUGAAUGUCAUUUUGAUUUGUACCGCUUCUUAUUCGGAGGCUCACGCGGCAGGCGGGACUCGGCGCGGGCUGUGACGCGUACGUGCACAUGCACAGUGCUCACUUGACUCAGUAAACAAUCACAUUUAGCUACUGCAGUGGGCGCCAAAUUCGACGUCGUUUGGGGAAAACGAACUUAAAUAAUUAUUGUGAAUUGAGAAAAAACACCGUUAUUCACUUAUGUUAUGGAUAUGAAAUGAUUAGUUUCGUUUAAAAAACAUCUAAUCAAGUCCAAGAAGAAGGAAAAUAAUGAAGCAAAUAUUAGCGUUUACCCGUAAACGUCCCCGUAAAUUCACCAUUACAAUGAUACUUCUAUUUUGCAGUACAAUAAUUGAAGAGCAAUAAAGUAAAUUAUAAGGAAGCAGCCUGUGUAUACUAGUUAGGGUGCUGCCCGGGCGGAGGCGCGGUGCCGGGACUUGUACAUAGUGUUAGUCUGUAGUCAUGCGCUGGCUGGAUACACAAUACACAUGACAAGUAGAAUAGCUCUCUUUGAGAAUUAGGAAAAUUGAGUAUCCGCACUGUAGAUCCAAGAUCAGACCUGCGCCCACGCCGCGCAGCCGGACUUAGCGUAAGUACCUGAGGGGCCUUGUAUUAUAGUAUAAUAUACCUAGAGUUGUACCAUAGCGUUGUUGUAUUAUUUAUAUAUGAUUUAUUAGUUAUGUUUAUAGUAAUGUACAAUGAUGUUAUGUAUUUAUAUUAUUUAUCAGUUGCUAGCACUAACACCAGGUGACUGUGGUGCAUUUACAUGUAAUUUAGACAUAAAAGUGGACGAAUGUAUUGCAAUAAAAUUGUUGUAUACUGA